GGGGGCAGAUAGAGACAGGCAGCCGAUGCAUGGCCACAAUGUGAUGAGAAGAAGACAGGAUAUCAUCUUUUAAAAAUAAGAUAAAGUGUUAGAAACAGCAGGCAAAGUUAUUAUGCUGGAGGAAUAAUUGAGAAGAGAGAGUGCCGCCUGAAGCUUCAUCCUUCUGCUUUUUGAGGCUUAGACAACGUGAAGUUUCAACAAAGAGAAUACCCUCUUCUAACCAGAGGACCUGCAAACUAUCAGCGUUGGAAUAAAGACAAUCCUGAAGACACCAUUCAUCUCUACAUGCUGCUGUGAUGUUUGGGAAUAUGACUUGCCACAUGGACUCCUUUAUUUAAUUAACAGCAUGGGUUCCCGAAUUGAACUUUCAGCAGUGCAAAGACAGCGUUUCUGAAAGAAGGAAACGCAGCUAAUUUUCCUAAGAUGAACAUCAGCAACUGUUCUGAUGAAGAAGGGCUGAAGGAAUACCAGCACAAUGUGUACGCCAUUGUGUAUGGUGUGAUUUUAGCACCUGGCCUGCUGGGUAACGUUCUGGCACUGUGGGUGUUUAGGAUCUACAUACGGGAAACCAAGAGGGCUGUGGUGUUCAUGAUGAACCUGGCUAUAGCCGAUCUACUUCAGGUGCUGUCCCUGCCUCUGCGGAUCUACUACUAUCUGAAUGACUCCUGGCCCUUUGGCUAUCCUCUCUGCAUGAUCUGCUUCUAUCUCAAGUAUGUCAAUAUGUAUGCCUCCAUCUACUUCCUAGUGUGGAUCAGUGUGCGCCGCUGCCAGCUCAUCGUGGACCCACUGAAGUACAACUCAUCAAAGCAAAAAGGAGACCUGUUGAAAUGUAUUGUUGGUUGGCUAACCAUCUGCUUAGCCUGCCUGGCUUUCCCUGUGCUCAGAGACUACAAACCAGACAAACCCAAUGAUAAGUGUUUCUCAGAGUUGCCCAUGAGACCCAUUGGUUAUGAACUAGUCUGCAUCCUGUUGAUAUUAGCAGAGCUGCUGGGGUUCAUCAUCCCCCUUAUUGUGGUUUUGGCUUGUGCCGUUUUGACAGCCUUGAGCCUCCGGAAGACGACAGCAGAAUGUGUUCCAGACUGUGGAGAAAAACGGAGGGCCUUGAAGAUGGUUCUGUGCUGUGCGGUAGUCUUUCUGCUGUGCUUUGCACCUUAUCACAUCACUAUGCCGCUGGACUUCCUGGUAAAAGCAAACAUUUUCAAAGACUGCUCCCUCAGAAAUCAGAUUCAGAGGUCUCAUAUAAUAACACUCUGCCUGGCCAGCCUGAACUGCAGCCUGGACCCACUCAUGUACUACUUUACAAGUGAUGAGUUCAGGAGGCGCCUAAGCAGGCCGGAGAUGCCGGACACCUUAACUUUUAACAGGCGUCUUUCCUGCUUAACUGGAGGAGAGGAUGCAGAAGAUGAGUAGACUGCUCCUGCUGGCCCUGAGGAGGCAUUAACCUGCCAAACACAUUCUGUGAAUUCCACUGAUGAAAAUGUGAAUUUUAAAUAAACGGGAAAAACUAUAUGAACUAGAUGUGAAACUAUUGCCCUAUUUAUAUGAAAUAAAAAUGUGUUUUACUUUUAAUUUGGUUUCUCCUUUUACUCUCCUCCAUCAGCUUUCAGAGACGGGUGGAUCUAAAGGUCCAGGGGGUCGAGUGGAAAUGAUAAACCUCUUCAAUAAUGAAGUCAUCCUCAAAGUUGAUUUAAAUCUACUUAUGUUGAGAUCGUUUUAGGAGUAGACUGAGCAAAACAAAGAAUCCACAAACUAGAUUAAUAGAGACAAAUCCUAGGUAAAGAUUUAAAUUAUCAUUCAGAUCCCAUUCUGCUUUAAAUCUAGUAGGGACUGCAACUAUUUGUUAUUUUAGAUAAUCCAUCUAUAGAUUAUUUUUUUGAUUGAUCUAAAAAGAGAUGCUUAUUAAACAUGUAAAAAAAAACUCUUUCCAAGGCUAACAGAACUGCAAUGAUUGAU